AUGAUAGAUUUGGUGAACGAUUUUCUUACUAAUACAGAUAAGGAGGAUAUUAUUAAAUGCAUCAAAGGCUUAGUACACUACCCCCUAAAACAGAACAGAUUGGGAUUCAAGGUUACUAAAGAAGAUGAAAAGCUGCUCUAUGACAAAUACUUCCAUCAAAUAAUGAGCCACGCUUUCAAGACUGUCAACGACUCACCAACGACUGAAAUGUUAUCAUUGUGUGGGUAUUUGACGGAGUUUUCGAAAGGCGAUAUUUGGCUUGAAUGCGCCUGCAACAUGUUGUCACACAAUGUUGUACCUGCAGAAGCCAAUUUACUUUUAGUUGAAUUAGAAAAGUUUUUCUCAGAAUUAAACAGAGUUCCAGAUUUUAUUUCUGCUUGCUUUGAUGAAAUUGUCGCAGAUAGCCCACAAUUCUUUCUGGAGUCACGUGCCAGGUUAUUGGCUAACGUGCCUCACUAUGUUGCUAACGUCAAACGUGAGAAUCCCUCCUACUUCACUGAUGAGAGUCAUUUUGUCAAGAACAUUUUGUCGGCCUUCAAACUUGUUUCCGAUAUAUCGCAGAUUACUUAUCGGCUUUUAGGACUAAUUGUUAGUCAUCUAUGUUUGGCUGGGUAUUCGAAAUACGUAACAGAUUUUAUUGUUGAACAGAUACAACAUUAUCCUACGGACAUUUGGUCUAAAUUACUUCUGCAUACCAGCGCAAAAAGCAUGGAAAUAUGUUUGGCUUCACUUGCUAAGGAAUGUCCAACUCCACAAAAAUAUUAUGCGUUGUUAUCAGGAUUUUUUGAAACGUCAUCUCCUAUUUUUGACUUGUAUAUGAGGUUAUGUCGUCGUCUGUUCUACAUCCGCCAGUUUAAGACUGGAAAUACCGUCAGAAACGUUUUCAACUCGUUUUUCAUGGCUGUGUCAAAGUGUGAAACGCUUGAAAAAUCAACCAAUUUAGCUACCCGAGUUGAUGAAGAUUUGGGACUACCUGCUCUUCGCGUAUGGUCAGACAUAAACUCUAUACAAACGGCUUCCUUAGAGAGACGCAUUUAUUUGUCCCAAAUAUUGAUUUCAUGGAUUAUUGAUUUUCGAAACCCGGUGCGUGCUAAUUUAUCCAUCAACUUAUCCUAUGACCAUUUAUUACCUGAUGUUCUGAACGGAAUCAGUAACCACCUUGGAAGUCCACGAAUUGAAAUUCGUACUCUUGGUAUGGUUAUAGGUGAGUGGAUUGUGAAAUUUUUCAACUGGAGUCCUGGUGAUGAGAAUCAGAAGUUAAAAUUUGAGUAUGAAGAACUAAAUUUUCUUACCCAUAUUCGACCGUAUUUUGUUCCUCUGGAUGAGGCUGUCGAUGUUGAGUCUGGUGAUCAUAAUUCAGUUCCAGUGCAUACACUAUCAAAUAUAGAGUCUUCCAAAAUCGCCCUUAAUUCACCUGAAUGUAAGAUAAAGAACGAAAACUGUGAAACUGCAAAACAAGCUGUACAUAAACUAGACAGUGAUGAUGAUCCAGAUAGUGAUAGUGACUCGUUGACACCACUCCCCUCGAUUAGUUCUUCAAAUUGCAAUAAUAAAACACCAUUUUAUCUUCGUGAAUGUCUUGAUGGAAUGUUAUUAUCUAAGAUUGAAGAUAACCCAGUAAAUAUCGCAUGUACAAUGUCUGCGGAAAAGUUGAUCUACGCUCAUCCGGAAGCAGCACAAGAGUUAGCACUAGAAUUCGCUCGUGUUCUUGUUCAUAUUGAACCACCUGUAACACCUGAUCCGGGACAGAUAGCUCGUGCCAGGCAUGAUGCUCUAGUAGCUAUUGGUGUAGUUGCUCCCAAAAAAUGCGCACGUUAUUUGACUUCAGAAUUUUGUCAAUCAGGAUAUUCCAUUGGUCAAAGGAUGAAUAUUAUAUCAUCUCUCACUGAUAUUGCCUGUAAGUUGUACGGGGGCAAAGAGGCACUGCUCUCUCAAAGAUUCUCUUCAAAUCACCAAAUAACCAAUAAUGAUGCGGUCAUGGCUAACAACAAUCAUAAAGAAAAAACCCGUCGGUUUUGUAAAAAACGCCCACCCCCUUCCUAUAUUAUUAAUAAAUUUGCUCCUUUUGCUGGAGAGUUUUUCUUUCCCUUGCUAAAAAGCAUUCCACAGUUAUCUCUUUCUUCUGUGAAAGGACCUUUCGCUCAUCAAGAUGCUAGUUUGUUGGCCAGCUUAUUGGCGUCGUUGGGAACUAUUUAUGCUUGCUCCAGUCUCUCACCUGUCCAAACUCGAAUGGCUGACGAGUUGAUAAAUUUAAUUCCUUUAUUUCAUCGACAUCCUGAACCUGCAGUGCGACGUGCUCUACAUAUAGUCGUUGGAACAGUUAUCACCACUACUCCACUGGAAAUCUUAUCUUCUAAACCUGAACUGAUUUUUAGGAAGUCAAUCUUUUUAUCUGGUAGUACAAAAAGCUCUAUAGAAAAUACUAUUUCUAGCUGGUUGAAAUCAUGUUCAUUGUCUGAUGCAGAUGCAGAAUGUCAACUCCUAGCUUCUAAUAGUCUUUCUGCACUGUGUGAACGAUUUUUAGAGUUGAAUCAUAGUAAACAUGUUGCUUAUUCAAUGGAAAGAGAAUUACCAAACGUAUUAUUGAACAACUGCUUGAGAACUUCUAAUGUCAUUGGAAUGCAACAAAACAAUGAUGAGAAUCCGCUAAAUGAUAAAGAGAAUAUAUACAAUAGUGGAAUUCAGUGCGGUCUAAACUUAUCUAGUAGUAGUAUGUGUGAACGUCAGAAUUUAACAUUUGAUCCUUCUUUACGACCGGUUCAUGCUGAAGUUUGUGUAUCUCCGUAUAAUUGUGAAGAAUUUACUGUCAUUGAAUCUUACGUUGUAGAAUUUCUACGCCAACUUGGUCCUCGACACAUACCAACUGUCCUAAACAAAUUUGAUAAUGAACUGAAUUUAGUGGCAUGUAAUAGUGAGGUGAAUAAAUUUCAUCAGGUUCUUACCAGUUGUGUUGCUUCAAUUAAUUUAAUGCUUGAUGAAGCUGAUGGAAUUUAUGAUAAUGAUACUGGUCGAUCAGUUAAUCUUUGUAUUACACCUAUUUUAGUACAUAUUUAUCAAAUGGUUAAUGGAGAUGAAGCUUUACCAGUUCAAGAAUUAAUUGAAUUCGGUUCAGAGUCAAUAAAUGGUGGAACUACAUGGUUACUUCCAUCAGCAGAAAUGUCAGGUCUCUGGGAAUCACUUAUUUUUGAUACAGACAUAAAAUCAAAUUUAUUACAAUAUGCACAAACAGCUCUAUUAUUUACUGAUCGAAAAGUAUCUUCCUCUGUAAUUUCUUGGAAUCGUGUAAUUCUGUUAUAUGGUCCUCCAGGGACUGGCAAAACUUCACUAUGUCGAGCAUUAGCUAAUAAAUUAGCUAUAAGAAUGGCUGAUCGUUACUCAUCAGCUCAAUUAAUUGAAAUUAAUACAAUGAACUUAAUGUCGAAAUGGUUUUCUGAAAGUGCACGUCUCGUAACAAAAAUGUUUGAUGGAAUUAAAGAAUAUUUAGAGUCAAAUGAUCAUCUUGUAUGUUUAUUAAUUGAUGAAGUUGAGAGUUUAACAGCUGUCCGAACUUCUUCUAUGUCAGGCUGUGAACCAAGCGAUGCUAUUCGUGUUGUUAAUUCUGUUUUAACUCAGAUUGAUCAAAUUAAACGUUUCCCCAAUGUUUUGAUAUUAGCCACUUCAAAUGUAACCGGUGUUAUAGAUCCAGCAUUUUUGGACAGAGCUGAUAUACGUCUGUUUAUUGGUCCGCCGUCUCCACCAGCUAUUUAUUCAAUCUAUCGCACUUGUUUAUAUGAAUUAAUUAGGGUUGGAUUAAUAAAUUCUACAGAGGAUAGUCGAUUAUUAAGUUACCAAACGUUGGCAUCUGUACAAUUUAUGGAAAAUCAGGCCAAUUCACUAAGUAUAGAACUAUGGCGUUUAGCGGAACACAGUCUUGGUUUAAAUGGUCGUACAUUGCGCAAAUUACCUUUAUUAGCGUAUGCAUUUUAUUUGAAUAAAGUAAUCCCUGAUAUGCGAUAUAAUUCUACCCUUCAUAGUCGUCGAAUUCAUCUACCAGACUGUAAUAAAAAUAAUUCCUCUAUUCUAAAUGAAUCUUCAUCAUUUUAUAAUGUUAGCACAUCAACUAUGUGUAUGAAUGAAUCGAUUCAUUGUUCAACGAUAUCAACAACAGGAACAGCAGCGGUGGUGCCAGAAGUCGAAUUAUCAUCAUUAUCAUCGCCAAUUCUUAAUUAUGUAAAAUCGAAUAAUGUUUCAUUGGUUAUGUUUAUUAAAGCAUUAAAAUUAACUGUCGAUGCUCAGUUUACCGAGUUGAAAUCACUUGAUUUAGCAUCAUCGGGAAAAGGACGUUUAACUGGAGUUCAACGAACAGAAUCAAAGUACACUUAA